CUCUUCGCUCCACACACUUACCAUCAUGUCUACCGUCACUGUAUCCCACCGUGUCGCUUUUUCCCAUCUGACCCUCCCCAACGCCGACGACCAUUCUUCCGCCUACGCCCCCACACCUGCCUAUGAACAGAAGAUACAGGCUUACCGCCAAUCUAUCGACGAAGAAUUGCGCGAUUAUGACGCGUGUAAACGUCAGGAAUUUAAGAAAAGGGUGGAGAUCUGGGAAAGCAUCACCAGCGAUCCAGAAGAGAAGGAGAAGAUAAGGCGGCGCGCGGAGGCGCAGCUUGCUUCCGCAAGGGAGGAGCUCGUGAAGGGUUUGGUGAGCGACUUCCAACACUAUUCACAAGUGUGGUUGCUGGAAGAUAUGGCGUUGGCAUCAGCAAUGAAUCAGAAGUGAAUGCUGUAUCAAGUGACAAGCGUAAUAUAUGUAUCUACGAACGAUUAUGUAUUCUAUCACAAAU